AUGGAGGAGAAGUAUCUGCCGGAGCUGAUGGCGGAGAAAGACUCCCUGGACCCCUCCUUCACGCACGCCCUGCGGCUGGUGAACCAAGAAAUAGAGAAGUUUCAAAAAGGAGAAGGCAAGGAUGAAGAAAAGUACAUUGAUGUGGUGAUUAAUAAGAACAUGAAGCUGGGACAGAAAGUGUUAAUUCCUGUAAAACAGUUUCCUAAGUUCAACUUUGUGGGAAAACUUUUGGGGCCACGUGGAAAUUCUCUGAAGCGUUUACAGGAAGAAACCUUGACAAAAAUGUCCAUCCUUGGAAAAGGCUCCAUGAGAGACAAGGCAAAGGAGGAAGAGUUGAGGAAAAGUGGAGAAGCAAAGUACUUCCAUCUCAAUGAUGAUCUCCACGUUCUCAUUGAAGUUUUUGCACCCCCAGCAGAAGCCUAUGCCCGGAUGGGACAUGCUCUGGAAGAAAUCAAAAAGUUCCUCAUUCCAGACUAUAAUGAUGAAAUCAGGCAGGCACAGCUCCAGGAAUUAACAUAUUUGAAUGGUGGUUCCGAAAAUGCCGAUGUCCCAGUGGUUCGAGGGAAACCUACCUUACGUACAAGAGGUGUACCAACCCCAGCAAUAACCAGGGGCAGGGGAGGAGUCUCAGCCCGGCCGGUGGGAGUCGGGGUACCACGGGGGACGCCGGCUUCCAGGGGCGUCCUCUCCACCCGAGGGCCAGUGAAUCGCGGAAGAGGACUGCUCACUCCCAGAGCACGAGGAGUGCCCCCAACUGGGUACAGACCUCCACCGCCGCCCCCGACGCAGGAGACCUAUGGAGACUAUGACUAUGAUGAUGGAUAUGGCACUGCUUAUGAUGAACAGAGUUAUGAUUCCUAUGAUAACAGCUAUAGCGCCCCAACCCAAAGUGGUGCUGAUUACUAUGAUUAUGGACAUGGACUCAGUGAAGAAACUUAUGAUUCCUAUGGGCAAGAGGAGUGGACUAACUCGAGACACAAGGCCCCCUCGGCGAGGACCGCGAAGGGCGUCUACAGGGACCAGCCAUACGGCAGAUACUGAUUGUGCUGUCUGCUGUUGUGACAUAGCCAGUCUCCACCAGUCCUGUAUACUGUUCAAAGUAAUUUUUUUCUAUGAACAAUCCCUUUUUAAAUAAAUCAAAAUGCUUAAAAUCUGAAUGGAUGGAAUUUAAAACUACUUUGUUGAAACAUCAACCUG